CAUUCAUGUUAACGCGUUAAUAGCGCCGAAACUGAAUCAUCAAAUUGCUACCUUAAAAGUAUCCAAAAAAUAAAGAUCCUCCAUUUUUUUUCAAUUUUUUAUUAUCAUAGUAACAACACUCUUUGCAUAUAUAUUAUUAUGCAAAGAAAACCUUCAUCACUACUACACCUUAAUUUCAAGCCUGAGUAGGUGUUAACACUAUCUCACUCUUGAAGUGAAUCACAACACUGUGGCAAUGAGAAACACAUGUUUUCUCUAUCUGCUACAUGUUCUAGCUCUGCUUAGUGUUUCUCUAGUUCAAGCAGAAGAUGGUUACAAAUAUUUUACAUGGACUGUUAGUUAUGGAACUCUUUCUCCAUUAGGUACUCCUCAGCAGGUGAUUCUGAUCAAUGGUCAGUUUCCGGGGCCUCAGAUAGACUUAGUAACUAACGAAAACGUGGUUCUCAAUCUUGUCAACAAAUUGGACCAACCAUUUCUACUCACUUGGAAUGGAAUUAAACAAAGGAAAAAUUCAUGGCAAGAUGGGGUAUUAGGAACAAACUGUCCUAUACCUCCAAAUUCAAAUUACACAUACAAGUUUCAAGCCAAGGAUCAGAUUGGAACCUACACAUACUUUCCAUCAACUCAGCUUCAUAAAGCAGCUGGAGGGUUCGGAGCACUUAAUGUCUAUCAUAGAUCUGUCAUCUCAGUGCCUUAUGCAUACCCUGAUGGAGAUUUCACUUUUCUCAUUGGUGAUUGGUACAAGACUAGCCACAAAGCAUUAACGGCAUCUUUGGAUUCCGGAAAAUCUCUAGCAUUUCCUGAUGGACUUCUUAUCAAUGGUCAAGCUCAUACAACCAUAAAUGGUGAUCAAGGGAAGACUUACAUGAUUAGGAUCUCAAAUGUGGGAAUGUCAACAUCAAUUAACUUCAGAAUUCAAGGACAUGCCCUCAAACUCGUUGAGGUCGAAGGAUCACAUGUUAUUCAGAACAUGUAUGACUCACUUGAUGUGCAUGUUGGUCAAUCUGCUGCGGUUUUGGUUACCUUAAAUCAAUCUCCAAAGAACUAUUACAUUGUCGCCUCAACUAGAUUUUCGAGAAAGAUUCUUACAGCAACUGCUGUGUUGCAUUAUACAAAUUCUCACUCUCCGGCUUCUGGUCCUUUACCUAGUCCUCCGGCUUACCAAUAUCAUUGGUCUUUGAUACAAGCCAGAAGCUUCAGAUGGAAUCUAACAGCAAAUGCAGCAAGGCCUAAUCCACAAGGAUCAUACCAUUAUGGAAAAAUAACUCCUACAAAGACAAUUGUAUUGGCGAAUUCAGCACCUUUGAUUAAUGGAAAACAACGCUACGCUGUUAACAAAGUUUCCUUUAUUAACCCCAAUACACCUCUCAAACUUGCUGAUUACUUCAACAUUCCUGGAAUCUUCAGUGUGAACUCAAUCCAAAGCCUUCCUUCUAAUGCUCCUGCAUCUGUAGCUACAUCUGUACUUCCAACUUCUCUCCAUGAUUUUAUUGAGUUGGUUUUUCAGAACAAUGAAAAUAGCAUGCAAUCUUGGCAUCUUGAUGGUUAUGAUUUUUGGGUUGUUGGUUAUGGUUUCGGCCAGUGGAUUCCGGCCAAAAGAAGAAACUAUAAUCUAGUUGAUGCUCUCACUAGGCACACUGUGCAGGUAACUUUUUUUUAUCAUCAAACACGAUACCUCAUUUAAAUUGUGUGCAAGACAAAUACACGUAG